AUGUCUUUAUCAAUAUUUCUUCUCCAAGGGUUGGAGGAGGGGUCAUCAAGAACCCGGCCAUCCCCCGUUGACUGUAGAUUGGAACUUAUUCAACUUCGCAUGCACAUCGGCCCAUGGCUUAUCGCCGCUGAUUGUGACGACAGCGUACAUGAUCUGUUGGAGUCCUGUCAUGAGCUCCCCUCAUCAAUGCAGCUUCAUUUCUCUCGGCCCAAGGCAGGACUUGACGCCGGAACCUCUCUUGAGAUACCGCAGUUGGAGUUACCCCUCGGCAUGCUCUGCCGAUCUGGAUCAGAUUAUCAUCCCAACAAGAGGACGGGUCUGAUCCCCGCCUUAUCAGAGUUGGCUCCUCUCGAUCCAUCGCAAAUACAAAUGAUUGGCUGGUUCAUGGCAUUUAACAGCAAUCAGCCGUGUCACUACGACAGUGCCGGGCGCAGCAUGAUUGCUGGGCGCGCAGAGAUCAAGUCCAUUUACCCCAUCGUCAAGUCACCCAUAUGUUACGGCCGCCGAGUCCACCAUGGCCCCUUUACUUACCACCAUGCCUCCCAUUCAAAGUCUGAUAUCACCGUUCCGGAAUUACUUCUCGGCUUCAUUUUCGUCAUUGCUAUCAAUCUCUAUGUGGGCAGAAGAUAG